AUGUUCUCUUCUUCCUUACUUCUCAAAAAAAAAAAAAAAAUGUUCUCUUCUUCCGCUUUUGUGAGUCAACACUCCCAAUCCUCUCUAGCAUUUUUAUUACACAAAUUCUAGCAUAAAUAAUUUUAUAUCUCCAUGUCCCUGACCGAGUUUUUUCUUUUUAUCUCCAGCUCCCUCGCUAAUUUUUAUCUCCAUCUCCCUCACCGAAUUUUUUUUUUCUGCUCUCUCCUCUCUGUUCUCAUCUUAGAACCGAAGCUAUGACGGUUUAGCUUUGGGUCUCUCUAUGGUUUAGGUCAUCUCAGAGCAAAGCGGGUUAAAGUUUCGUUUUGGGUUUUGUAUUUCGGUGUCGCCGAUUUGCUCCAGCUAUUCGCCGAUUCUCUCGGUUUCUCCGAUUCUAUCUUCUUCUGCAUAUAGUUUGUUUAUAAAAAGGCCUAGAUCGACCCUUUCUAGUUUCUACAGAGAGAGAGAGAUGGGUUCCACUACAACAGCUACUAGACCUCAUGUAGUUUGCGUCCCAGCACCACUUCAAGGCCACAUAAAUCCAAUGCUCAAACUAGCCAAACUCCUCCACCAUAAAGGCUUUCACGUAACUUUUGUAAACACAGAGUAUAUCCACAAACGUUUACUCUGGUCUAGGGGUCCCAGCUCCCUUGAUGGCUUGCCUGACUUUCACUUCGAAACCAUUACCGAUGGACUCCCGCCAGUAGACGCAGAUGUCAGCCAAGACAUCAUCGCUCUUGCUGAAUCCACCACAAAGGCUUGCCUACUCCCACUUUGCAACCUCAUCUCCAAACUCAACGACACUUCGUCUUCGAAUGUGCCUCCUGUUACCUGUAUUGUCGCAGAUGGUUGUAUGUCCUUCACUCUUGAUGCUGCUGACAAGUUUGGAAUUCCGUGUGUGCUUUUCUGGACGCCUAGCGCUUGCGGCUUCUUGAGCUAUAUGCAUUAUCGCCAUCUAGUUGAACGAGGUUUAAUACCCCUCAAAGAUACGAGCUAUCUAACAAAUGGAUACUUAGAAACUACAAUCGAUUGGAUUCCCGGGAUGAAAAAUAUUCGUCUUAAGGAUCUUCCAAGUUUUGUUAGAACUACAGAUGAGAAUGACAUCAUGCUCAACUUCAAAAUCCGCGAAACUGAGAGAGCUCUAAGAGCUUCAGCUAUCAUUUUGAACACAUUUGACCCAUUUGAACAAAAAGUGUUGGAUGCUCUAUCUUCCAUGCUUCCUCGUGUAUACACUGUUGGACCACUUAUGUUGCUGGCUGAUCAAAUAAAGGACGAUAACUUGAAAUCAAUAGGUUGCAAUCUAUGGAAAGAAGAAUCGGGUUGUGUGGAAUGGUUAAAUUCAAAAGAACCCAACUCGGUAAUAUAUGUAAAUUAUGGUAGUAUAACUACCAUGACGCCUCACCAGGUCAAUGAGUUUGCUUGGGGGUUAGCAAAUAGUGAAAAACCCUUCUUGUGGAUUAUAAGGUCUGAUCUUGUGGGAGGCAAUUCAGCUAUUGUUCCUUCUGAAUUUGUUACCAAAACUAAAGAUAGAGGCAUGUUAGCAAGUUGGUGUCAUCAAGAACAAAUCCUAAAGCACCCGUCAAUAGGGUGUUUUUUAACACAUAGCGGGUGGAAUUCAAUGCUUGAGAGUGUGUGUUGUGGAGUUCCAAUUAUCUCUUGGCCUUUUUUUGCUGAACAACUGACAAAUUGUCGAUAUUGUUGUGUAGAGUGGGGCAUUGGUAUGGAGAUAGAUAAUAACGUCCAAAGAGAUGAAGUGGAGAAACUUGUUAGAGAAUUAAUGGAUGGUGAGAAAGGAAAAGAAUUGAAGAAGAAGGCAAUGGAGUGGAAGAUAAAGGCAGAGAAUGCUACCAAACCUAGAGGUUCUUCUUACCAAAAUAUGGACAAAUUGAUUUCCCAAGUUCUCUUAGCUGGAAAUGUUUGAACCAAAUGAAGAAGACUUUCUAGUUUUCAAUGAUCUUGCACUCUCGGACUCAUCUGCAACAUCUAAUCAUUAUAAAUAUUUAUAUAAUCUAGUCCCAUUUUUAUUGCAAUAAAUUCCAAUUAAUUAUGUAAUUUGGUUAAAUCAAUAUUCUAUUUUGUAAUGUUGUGCGUGUGUAUUUUUAUGUAUUGUACUAUUUUGUCCAUUUUACUUUUGUUAUGACAUUU